AUUGUAGAAUUGAAUGUGUGUAAGGUUACAAAGUUGGUGCGAACGAGGGAAUAAACGAAUCGUGUUAAUUAAUUGGUGGUGGAUACAUAAUCGUUAAAGAUUCAAAAGUGUAGUUAAAGAUCUAAAUGUGUAUUACUAAUGUGAUACGUCGAAGAAAAAGUGCGCUUUGAUUUGGUGGAAAGAAAACGCGAGCUGAAAUAAAUUAUCUUUGUAACGUAUAUAAAAGAAAAAGAAUAAGAAGAAGAGGAAAAGGAGGAAUAAGAAAACAAAAAGACAAUAAGAGAAGUAUUAAGUAUUUUUCACAAAAUAUGGAAAUUCGACGACCAGGAGAAAUGUCGAAUCCAAAAAAUGUCGUCGUUGGAGGACAAGUUCGCGAAGGGACGAGGGUCGUUCUGCGGGAAAUCACAGCCAUGCUUCACAAUUCCCCGCCAACACAAACGUCUCCUCGUCGUAAGAUUGGAAACGACACUACCAACAACACUUUCUCCAAGGCUGCAGCCGAACACGAGGUGAAGGUGCGUUUCGCGCGUGAAUUCGCAGAUGCAGACUUGGUGACGCACUCUAAACCCGAGAGUUUCUCUUCGGAGAGCAGCUAUUACAGCAUCGGUAGUACCCAAAGCACCAAAACCAGUGGUAUCAAUUCUGAUAUCGAUGACCUCACCAAUUCUCCACUAUACAAGGUCUCAGACACUUCCUAUGUGGACAAUAAUAUACCAGGUGUCAACGAACUGAUUCGUGCCUAUGCAGAUAUUCAACUCGAUUCUAAUGCAGAGGAAGUCUCAUCUUCUAAUUCUAUUUAUGAAUCUCCCAAUGACACUUUGAUUCAAACUUUCAACUCAGCCAUCGAUGAUACCGACAUUUUCAUAGAUGAAAAGUCACCUAACAAGUGUCAUUUAAACGAGACAUGCACGAUAGAAAAUGGUUCAGCAACACCCUUAAAUAUCAUCACGCAUUCUCUUAUUAAUUCUUCUCAGACACAAGAAGAAUUACUUGAACAUUUAACUUGCAACAAUACAUCUCAAGAAUCUUUACACUUGCAAACAAAUAUAUCUGUUACGAAGGAAGACAUUGCUGGCAAUGUACAAGAAAAUAAACAGGAAUUAAAAGAAUACGAAGCCGAAAGUGUAAAACUUACUUUAGAAACAUCUACGCCAAGAUCAACUACUCCUGUUGAUUAUAACAACGUAGAGAGAGAAAAAGUUGAACAUAUAUGUAAUGAUACCAAUGAUAAGGAAACAGAUACGUGUAAUAAAGUUAACAAAGAAGCUGAUUUAAGUAAUACAGACAAAAGCGAAAUAGAUACAAAUAAUACUUGUAUUGAUCAAAUAGUUACCAAUAUUGUUAUUGAAAAUAUAAAAUCUGAUAAUACAGAUGAAAGCAAAGCAGAUAAAAAUAACAUUGAUGAAAAUGAUAUUGAUGUAAAAAAUAAUAUAAAUGAACAUGAAAUUGAUACAACAAUUAAUAUAGAUGAAAAUGGCAUUGAUACAACUAUUAAUGUAGCUGAACAUGAAAUUGAUACAACUAUUAAUAUAGAUGAAAAUGAAAUUGAUACGACAAUUAAUAUACACGAGCAUAAAAUUGAUACGACAAUUAAUAUAAAAGAAGAUAAAACAGAUACAACAUUUGAUAUAAAAGAAAAUAAAAUCAAUACAACAGAUACAAGAUUUGAUAUAAAGGAAAAUAAAAUCAAUACAACAGAUACAGCAUUUGAUAUAAAGGAAAAUAAAAUCAAUACAACAGAUACAACAUUUGAUAUAAAGGAAAAUAAAAUCGAUACAACAGAUAAUAUAUAUGGACAAAAAAUCGAUACGGAAUUUAAUAUAAAUGAAAAUAAAUGUGAUGCAACAUUUAAUGUAAAUGAAAAUAAAAUCAAUACAUCUAAUGUAAAUGAAAAUAAAAUCAAUACAUCUUAUGUAAAUGAAAAUAAUAUCGAUGCAUCUAAUAUAAAUGAAAAUGAAACAGAACUAAAUGAUCUAAAUAAAAAUAAGACAGAUACAAAUAAUAUAGAUAAAAAUAAAAUAAGCAGGGAAAAUCUAAUUGAAAAGAAAACCGAUGAAGAUGAUGUAGAUAGUAAGAUAAAAAGUACAACUAAAAAUGAAAUAUUGGAUGAGACGUUAACUUUAACUGAUGAGAUUUUCUUAAGUAGUGAUCCCUUAAAUGAAGUCGAACACAUAGAAUUUGAUUAUGAAGAAUUUAAGCCACAGAGACAGAGCACUACAUUGACUAACAAUGAUGAUGGUGUCUGUUGUUCUUUAGAGAAAUUAGAAUUAGCGGCAGGAGAAAUCACAGAUGACAUUUUAAAAUCUCCUUUAGAACUUGAAGAUGGUAUUUCUAAUCCAGUGUUAGAAAUAUUCCAUGAUCCGACGACUUUUGAUUUCCUUUCGGCAAGAGGAAAUUCAGAAAGUUCAACUCGCCUUAGGAAUGAAUCCUUGUUUAUUAAAUUUGAUCCUUUGUUAGCAAACACCAGUAUGUUACCUCAAGGAAAUAGUCAAGUUUUUAGUACUCCUACCAGCGGUACGAUACAUAAAUUAGAAGAGAUUCAAGACAAAAAUGAUGAACCUUUACAAGUAACUAAAUCUGAUACAAAGGAAGUAGAAAAUACAGACGGAACGGAGAAAUUGGAGUUACUACGUGUGACUGUGUCGCAAUUGGAAAAAGAAUUGGAGAAACAGAAAACGGAAUAUGAAUCCAAAUUGGAAAAACAAAAGGCAGCUUCUCAAGAAAAAAUAGCAAAAUUGCAAGCGCAAUUAAACGAAGAAGUUGAGAAUAAAAAUCAAUUAGCAGUUGUUGUGGACGAAUACGAAAAGUCGAUAAGUCGAUUACUAACUGAAAAGGAAAGAGAUCACGCUAGUUUGGAGCAGGAAAAAUCUAGAAUACAAGAAGAGCUUCAAGCUACUAAUCUUCAUCUUAGCAAUACGGAAGCUGCAUUUAACGACGUUCAUUUGAAAUAUGAAAGGCUCAAGGGAGUCGUUUCAGCUUAUAAAAAUAACGAAGGUGUUUUAAAAGAAAGUAUCCAAGAAAACUUGGACACGAUAAAGUCUUUAGAAAAUCGUUACGAUCAAUUGAAAACUCAUGCCAUGUCGCAAUUAAGAAAGGCUAAUUUGGAAUUAGUGGAUAUACGAAAACAACACGAAUCCGAGACGGUAAAAUUACACGCGAUGGUGAGGAAGGCAGAAUUGAAAAGUAAUUCUCUCGCUGAGAUAGUAGAGCAAAAAACGAAGGAAAACAAAGAACUCACACAGAUAUUAGAUGAAUUGAUUGCUAGGGUUGGUCGUCAAAAUGCAGAAUAAGGAGAACUAAAAAGAGUUUUAUAAUAGAAUUAAUUUAAUAUCUCCUGAACAUCCCUUGUCGCAAUUAGUCUGUAUUAGUCUUUAUUUCUUCCCUCUUUAUUAUUAGUCUUUAUUUUUUUACUCGCCUUAACCAUAUUAAAUAUAUAUAUAUAUAAAGAUCUUACGCUAGAUAUAUCACUAAGGCAUAUAUUAAUCUAUUUAUCGAUAUG